ACCAAAGAGCAACAGCGGCGAUCCAUUGUCGAAUGGCUGGGGCCACCGUACCCCACGUCUGCAUGUAAUGAUGCGCAACGCCUUCGAAGCGCAAAGACCGGUGACUGGUUUCUAAACAAUAAGUGUUUCGCUCAGUGGAAGGCUACACCAAGGUCGAUGUUAUGGUUAUGCGGGAUCCCUGGCUCGGGGAAAACAGUCCUGUGCUCUUCCAUCAUCGAGGACCUAGGCGGAUGGUGUCGCUUGGAAGAUGGCCGCCUCCUUCUUUACUUCUUUUUCGACUUUGCCGCCCGAGACACAAGCGUUAUCGGUAUUUUGCUCCGUUCGCUACUCGCGCAGAUUGUGAUACAACGACGCGCCGUCCCCGACUCGAUACAAGCACUGUUCGAACAGCAUCAUGGUGGCUUUCAGCAACCGAACAUCAGGACCUUGCUAGGGACCUUGCAAAAAACGCUGGAGCACGCAGAACAGACGUAUCUAGUCAUCGAUGCACUAGACGAAUGUGCGGAAAGAGCCGAUCUUCUCGAGACCUUGGAAGACAUGCAAGAAUGGAGAUUGGAUAAUUUUCACAUCUUAGCAACAAGCCGACGGGAGAAAGACAUUGAAGAGAGCUUUCUCCGGAUGGGAAGCGAGCAGUUGCAGCUAGAAGGUGCGCGAGUCAACGAUGAUAUUCGUCAAUAUGUCAGCCGGAGGAUGCAGAAGGAGCGCUGGCUAAAGAAAUGGCCAGAUACCAUUCAGGCUAAUAUCACGUCGGUUAUCACAACGCGGGCGGGAGAUAUGUUCCGUUUGGCCACCUUGCAGCUCGAUGGGCUUAAAAGGUGCCGAACGCUUAAGUCCUUGCAAGCAACCCUAUCCUCCCUUCCAGCUACGUUGGACGAAACAUAUUCUCGCAUACUCGGAAGCAUCGAGCCGGAACAGGCACGAGAUGCAAUGAAGAUCCUCUCAUGGCUUUGCUUUGCAUUUCGGCCCCCAACGGUGGAAGAGUUAGUUGAAGCCUUGGCCGUGGACUUGGAAACUCUUGAAUAUGAUGCCACACAAAGGCUCCAGGACCCUGAAGACAUAUUAGCGAUCUGUGGGAGCUUAGUGACCAGGGCCAGUGACACCAGUGGCGUCCUCAAGCUUUCACAUUACUCCGUCAAGGAAUAUUUAAUCUCGAAGCGCAUACUGGACAGCAACGAAAGAUCAUUCUACAUGACCGUAAGCACGGCCGAUGUAUACCUUGCGAAGACAUGCCUCGUGUAUCUGCGAAGCCGGCCGUACCGUUCCCGGAACGAAGCUACUGCAACAAGCGACAUAGAUCACCUCGUAAAAUACGCUGCUGAUUUCUGGUCUGAACAUUUCAAACGUUGUAGAGAAGAUUCCACAGUCUUGUCGCUCGCUCGCGAACUCUUCGUGGGCCAACGCUCCCAUUUCCUAGAUUGGGCCUGGCUCGCCAGUAUCGUACCGGACGGCUUUUAUACAGAAUCGCCGAAGAAAAGCGGCCCGAGUGUGCUAUUGUAUUACUCGGCCCUGAUUGGUAGCCCUGACCUCAUCGAUGCCAUGUUGAAUCAUGGCGCAGACAUCAAUGCCGAGGGAGGAGUGUACGGCACCGCUCUUACCGUCGCUGUGUACAGUGGAAGCCUCUCUAGCGUUGAGUUACUACUUUCUCGAGGUUCGGACGUCAAUGUUCAAUCGGGGUAUUUCGGAAAUGCUUUACAGGCGGCAGUGAGUCGGGAAAGGGUCGACAUAGUCAACCUACUUCUCGCUCAUGGCGCCAAUGUGAAUGCCUGCGGUGGUAGAUCCUAUACCGCACUAUAUGCCGGUAUGCAAUGUCGAAACAAAAGGGAAGAGCUGGUCAAGAUCCUCAUUGCUGCUGGUGCUGAUGCUUCCCUUGGGCAACUUGGUUGCCUGCCGCUAUGCUCAGCUGCCCGCCAAGGAGCGUAUACAAUUGCCAGGCUCCUCAUAGAAUCUGGUGCGGAUCCGAACAAAGGCGGAUGCCUGCAACAGGCCCUUCUCGGCGGUCACGCAGAGUUAGCAGACCUGCUCCUCCGCAGUGGAGCAAAGCUCAGCAUUCGUAAUAGUGUACUAGGGAGCCCUAUAGGUGCAGCGGCCUGGGGAAUUUCGAUGCUGCGCUUCCUGGUCGGAAAGUGGAAAGCGGACUACUUGUGGACUGAUCACGAAGGGAGGACCGCUCUCCAUUUUGCCGCUAAUGUUGGGACACUGGAAGCCUUGGAGUAUCUGCUCAACCUUGGGAUGGAUAUCAAUACGAAGGAUGCGAAAGGUUGGACUGCGAUCCACUACGCCGCGGAAGCAAGCACAACAGAAAGAUUGAAAAUGCUCCUAUCGAAGUGGCAACGACGUCCUUCA